AAGAAGCCCUACUCCGCCGUCACGGUCACCAUCGAGACGCUCACGUCCGAGGCCUACCAAGAGGACGACGUCGGCGGCAUCCCCGACCUCGUCGAAGUCAUCACCAUCCAGGCCUCUGGCCCCACCGAGGCCGCGCGCGCCAUCCGCAAGAAGCUCAAGUACGGCAACGUGCACCGCCAGAUCCGCGCCCUGGUCCUGCUCGACGGCCUGAUCCAGAAUGCCGGCCCGCGCUUCCAGCGAACCUUUGCGGACGAGCCCCUGCUGGAGCGCCUGCGAGUCUGCGGCACGUCUGACCUGUCCGACCCGGAGGUGAGGAAGAAGUGCAGGGAGCUGUUCAGCAGCUGGUCCCAGUACUCGAGCACGCCUGGUCUGGAGAGGAUCGCUCGACUGCACAAGGAGCUGCCGAAGCGCAAGGUUGGCGUCACGCAGGAGAGGUCAAAGGUGUUGAAGGAGACGGAGAACCCCUUUGGCGACGAAGAGGACGACGAGCCGACUUCGCCCAAGCCUUCCCACGCCGCUGGACCGUCGUCGUCGUCCCAUAACCGUUCGGCGCAUAGCCGCGAAGGAUCGGCAGUCAACUCGCUCAAACACCAACAGGCGUCCUCGCUGUCCCUGUCCAGCGGCGGAUCCAUAUUCGGCAGCAGCUCUUCUAGCUCCGACAAGAAGAAGAAGAGCAGCAGCGGCAAGUCCAAGGGCAAGAAGAAGCCGUUUAAUCUAGAAGCAGAAAAGGAGCAGAUGAAGUCUGUCAUCGCCGAGUCGUCGCUAGCAGCUACAAACCUGGGCAACGUGCUGCAGACCAUUAACCGUGAGAAGGAGCGGAUUUCUGAAAAUAACCUGGCUGUGGAGAGAUUUGAAUCCUGCAAGCUGCUCCGUAGGAAGGUGUUGCGCUACAUUCAUCAUGUCGAUCACGAACAGUGGCUUGGCCCUCUCCUCCAUGCCAACGAUGAAUUGGUUCACGCUCUCAUGACAUUUGAGCAGCUAGACCAGUCUGUCGACGCUGACAGUGACUCUGACGACGAACUCGCCGAACAAGCUCACUUAUACCGAAUGGCCGCCUUGAAAGGAAAAGAAGAACAGGCCGCCAAAGACGGUACCACCUCCCCAACCCGAGCCGAGCACCCUGACAUCGCCGGCCUGAGCAUCAACUCCUCACCAAGACAGACUCCGCCGCCCCGGCCAUCUGCCAAGCCGGCCUUUUCAGCACCCCCUAUUCCACCGCCGCUGCCUUCGAACCCGCGACCGGCAGUGCAGGAGAGGCAGGAUUCCUACCAGUCAGAGGAAGAGGACGAAGACGAUCCGUUUGCGGACAGGAACGCUAUGUGA